AUGGAUAAUGAAAAGUUUGAUAAAGAUUUGAAGUCUUUGCCUAAAAAUGCAAAUUAUACAUCUAACAUUGUACAAAAUGAUAUUUUAGUUACGUCUACAAAUAUUAUUACAGAAACUAUUAUCAAAGAAGUAAAUGAAGGCAGUUCGGUCUACAGUUUAAUUGUAGAUGAAGCUCGAGAUACUUCAACAUUGGAACAAAUGUCAAAAUGCAUUAAGUAUGUACAUAAAUCAAUUAUUAAAGAACGGUUUUUAGGAUUUGUACAUGUAAUAAAAUUAGAUGCACAAUGUCGCACAGAUUCUAUUAUCAAAUUUUUAAACUCAGUUGGUUUAGACAUUACAAAAUGUAUAAGUCAAUCUUACGACGGUGCAUCGGUGGUAUCGGGUUCUAUCAAUGGGGUACAAAUAUAA